CGAAUGAGGACCACUGGUUCGUUCCACAAAUACGCCACACAGAUUCGUUAAACAUCUCAACAAUUAGGAAAAGUUUGGAGAUUUUCCCUAAAUUAUUUCCAAAAUAUAUGUAUAGAAAUAUAUUUAUCACUGUGUAAUUAGUGAAUUGAGAAAGUAGCAAGCGUUGCUGUAAAGUAUAAAGUCAUAGGACAAGUAAACAUUCAAGUUUUAUUAAAUGUGGUUCCAGAAAGUUAAGAAAGUAUCAUUUACAAAAUGUUGAAUCCCGUUUCAACUGAGGCAUUACUCUAUUCGGCUACAUAUGUCGAUAAUUAUAUAGACUCGGUCGAAAAUCUUCCAGAUGAUGUGCAGCGACAUUUGUCCCGAAUACGUGAUAUAGAUGUGCAGUACAGGAGCCUGCUACGUGAUGUUGAUCAUUAUUAUGAUUUGUGGCGUUCAUUACAGAAUAAUAACGGCAGUGAAGGGAAUUGUACUAGACGUGCCAGAGCUAUUGCGCGCAUGCAACAGAGCCUUAUACAGGCACAAGAAUUAGGCGAUGAAAAAAUGCAAAUAGUAAAUUUAUUGCAGGAGUUGAUAGAUCAUAAAACACGGCAACUAGACACUGAUCAAAAGAAUCUCGAUAUAAAAGAGGAAAUGCAACAGCAACAGAGUCGUAUUGAUCAAUUGCAACAAUCUGAUGAUAUUGGAGGACCAACACCAGCAAAACAAGCGCGAGCUUCAAGUCCAACACGUGAUAGCAACACAUUUUGUGCAAAUGGUGGUUCAUCGAGCGGUGCUGGUGGAGGAGGCUCAACGCCGAAUUCUGAGCGAUCUAGCCAUGCAAGUAAUGGUACCAGUGGAAGUGGAACGGCUAAUGGCGGCAGCAAUGCAGGAACUGCUUCAAUAAUCGGCGUAGAAAGUCAACGUUCGGCUAAUAAACGCCCUCGAAGGCGUAAUGAGAGUGCGAUUAUCAAUAAUAGCAACUUGGAAUUCUGUGGAAAUGAGUCUAAUUCCGCUAACGAAGGUGGAGGAAGUAAUGGAGGUGUUGGCAAUGAACGACAAUCUGGACAAAAAACUUCAGUGAGUAGUGGUGCAGCGCAGAAAAAACAUAAUUAUCAGCACCAAAAUGCCAGUGGCAGUGGUGGUACAGGUGGAGGAAAUACCUCUGGAGCUGGAGCGAGUAGUGGUAACAAUUCCGGCAAGAAAAAGAAGAGAAAGACGCGCGGUGGACAAUCAGCGCAGGCAAGUGUACGUGAAGAGACACCACCUCCGGAUCCCAUUGAUCCAGACGAACCAACAUAUUGUGUAUGCAAUCAGAUAUCUUUUGGUGAAAUGAUACUCUGCGAUAAUGACCUGUGCCCCAUCGAGUGGUUCCACUUUUCGUGCGUUUCACUGGUACUGAAACCAAAAGGUAAGUGGUUCUGCCCGAAUUGUCGAGGGGAUCGUCCAAAUGUGAUGAAACCAAAAGCUCAAUUUCUCAAAGAGCUGGAACGUUAUAACAAAGAAAAAGAGGAAAAAACCUAAAUAGGGCACAUGUGAAAAGUUGCAGCAAAUUAGGGAGAGAGAGAGCUAAAACAAUAUAUUCACACGACCGUAGUGACAACGAAGGAUGCUUUCUUUUCAGUUACCAUAUAUACUUCGGUGCAGGCGUUGUAUUGAGUAAAGCUCAAAUUCCAUUUUAAACGCCAAGUUAAAAGCAAUACGCCUUUACGUUUUUACGUUUUAGUUUUUUCUUUUUUUUCUAUUUUUCAUUUUGAAUUGUCUAUUUGAAUUUUAUAAAUAUCAAUGUCUAUUAAAUUUAAUUUAAAAAAACUGAAAGUCUAAAGUAACGCCAGCACAUAGUGCGAUGCGUACGCAUUCUUUUAUUAGUUCGCAAAGUAUGGUUGCGGCUCUCAUUCUGCUUUUUUCACACUGAAUUUCCUGUGUUGCUUAUAAUGUACAUUGUAUUAGAAUAAAUUAAAAACCUAGUACGUAAAAGAAGUAAAUAUUUUAUACAUAGAAAAUGUAAAUUUACAUAGAAAGCUAAGUAUCGUGGAAUAUCUUGUAAAUUUAACAUAGAGAAUUUUCAAAUUCGCUUCGAUAAUUGGAUUUUAAUAACUUAUUUUAAUUUCAAUUCUCUGUAAAUGUAAAAUAUUUAAGUCAUACGUCAGAAACUGGCAAAAAUAUGUUCUUUACUGAUGCUACUUAAAAACAUGAAAAUGUAUUUUAAUUUGUAUUUUAUUUUUUGUUUAAUAUAAAUUUAUAAAAUAUUGACGUUGAUUUUGUUUCAAAUAAAUCUGAAGUUUCUUAAAUAUUAUAAA